GCACGCUGCGUAGAUGUCCUUGGCAUCAACUUGUGGAUGAGCGUCGAGUGCGGGUUCCGGUGACCGUGUCAUGCGUACACUUACUACAUAAGAAACCACCUGCGUAUUUGUGCGCGAGGGGUGGGAUAUGUGCGUCUUCUGCAGCAAGUGCCCUGGGUCGGGGGUGGAGGGCUGGGUGCACACCGCCACUCGGCGGCGGCCGGGAGUGUGUCAUCCCAAAGAUAAAGCUUAGUUUCUCAGGACCUAGAUUUGCCACCUACUGCUCUACUCCAUUUUCAGAUAUCCCGGACUCAGAGAUUCCGUCCGUGCGGGCUGGCGUCUCCACACCUCUCUGGAUAUUCUUUCUAAAUAUUUAGUCUUCUCCUCUGUACUUUUGAUCCUGCAAUUCCUUCCUCCAGAAAUGACCUUCCUCAUUCUUCUCCUGGCUUACUCUUAAGGCUUCCAAAACUCAGCUCCAGUGUCCCUACUUUAGAACCCCUGACCUCAGAACAUGAUUCCCCCUUUUAUCCCCAGCGCCUGUUAAGUGUCUGGAGAGCUGAGUUGCGUGGCUCGAAUCUGGGGGACCUGGGUUCAGCUGACUAGCGGGUUUCCACCAGAGGGCGCGCAAGAGACAGCGUCAUUUCACGGUGUCCACCAGGGGGCGCUUCCGCCUGCCUCUGGCGAUCCAGGGUUGAGGAACCAACCCGCGGAUUUGCCCCGCCUGAUUGGGAGAGGCACCGCUAAACUAUUUGCAUAAUCUCGAAAGGGCCGCGUUGAGUGGUCGAGGUGUAGAAGAAAUCUGAAACGGGCUCUCUCAUUGGCUUAAAUUUUCCCCCUUGCUCCGCGUCCCCAUCCGGGCCAGACCCGGCCAGGAGGUCAAUCGGAAGCUUCCGACUAGUGGCGAGCGGGAACCCAGGUGUCCGGGCAGUGGGCGCUGAGGAGUCGCUCAAAAGUAGGGCCCCAAGGCUCAGAGCAGCUGGGUAUGGGUACCGAAAAUGAAAAUCCAGAGCCGGACUGCCAGAAACAGUUCCAGGCCGCAGUAAGCGUCAUUCAGAACCUGCCUAAGAACGGCUCUUACCGCCCCUCCUAUAAAGAGAUGCUGCAAUUCUACAGCUACUACAAGCAGGCUACCAUGGGGCCCUGCCUGGUCCCCCAGCCUGGGUUCUGGGACCCUAUUGGACGUUAUAAAUGGGAUGCCUGGAACAGCCUGGGCAAGAUGAGCAGGGAGCAGGCCAUGUCCGCCUACGUCACUGAGAUGAAGCUGGUGGCCCAGAGGGUGAUCGACACGGUGCCCCUGGGCGAGGUGGCAGAGGACAUGUUUGGUUACUUCGAGCCCCUGUACCAGGUGAUCCCUGACAUGCCGAGGCCCCCAGAGACCUUCCUGAAAAGGGUCACAGGUUGGAAAGAGCAGGUGCUGAAUGGAGAUGCUGAGCCUGCCCCAGAGCCUCCCUGCCUUCCCAAGGAACCCGCACCCCCAAGCCCAGAGUCCCAGCCACCCAGGGACCAGGACUCUGAGGUUUUCUGUGAUUCCAUGGAGCAGCUGGAGCCUGAGCUGGUGAGACCCACUCCCAUUGCCUCCCCUUCCCUACCCCACUGGGCCCUAGCUGCUCCCACCACCCCCCUUGGACUUUGUGACUCUUCUCAGCAGGUUGGGGCAGAGCAGAGGGGCACCCUGGGAGGAGAGCUCAACACCAGAAACAGCACUGAGUCUCCUGCAAAGAAAGGGAGAUUGGAAAGCACCCUGCUGGGGCCCCAGGAAUUGGACACAUGGCUGGUGGGGACGGUUCGGGCGCUGCAGGAGAGCAUGCGGGACGUCCAGGGGAGACUGCAGAGCCUGGAGAGCAUGCCUGUCCCCCGCAAGCAGAGGCCAAGGCCCGGCACUGGGCUCUCUGUUCCCACGCUGCUCUUCUUCCUCCUGUGGCCCUUCAUCGUCCAGUGGCUCUUCCGACAGUUUCGGACCCAGAAGAGGUGACUCUCAAUGGAGGAGUCUCUGCAGCCAACGGAGGAGACUUUGAGCCUUCCUAGAGUUUAAGAGAACGGCGUUAAACCCCGCUCCCACCCCCUUCCUGCCCCAAUUAGUGUUUGCCUUGGCACCUCUCCCCUAAUGGGGAGCCGGAUAGGACUCCACUCUUCCUGCAGCUCCACAGAACUCCCCUCCUCUCACCCCCAACCACCUCAGGCUCCCUGGGGAGGCUGCACGUGUGGUGCACGUCCCCAGUUCAGGGUUGGCGGCUGAUUCUGGGGCGGAGCUGCCGGGUCUCAGCCUCUGCCCUCCCCAGCCUCUGGGUCACCUGACUCCUUCCCCACUCUAGCCUCUCCCCGAGGAGGCUCAGCUCGUGGGCAAGUUGGGACUUGGGCCGGGGCCUGGAAGAAUGAUUGGCUGGGAGGCCUGACCGAGCUGGGGAAAGGCGGAGAGAGCUAACCCCGGGGGAGGGGAGUCUGCUCCGUUUUCCUGGCCGCCCUACCCCCACAUAUACUCAGGACGUCUUCACUAAACAUUAACUUACAAAAGAGUGUUUCACUAAAUAAAAUAAAACCUUCAUCUUCUGCCGUC